AUGGAACCCAUCGACAGACUCUUGAUCCUGUUGCGAAUCGUAUACUACCUCCUCCAAGUAUCGGUCUUCGCAAAGGUCUCUAAUGACCACAAGGACACCUCCGUCAUCUUUCCCUGUAUCUGCAUCGUGAUCAGCGCAAGUUUCGGCAACCAUCUUCCCGCGUUCUUCAUGGGCGUCUUCCUAUCCAUCUUCCUGAUCGUUCGCUACCAUCUUUUCACACCUCGAACGCCAGACUCAUCUGAUCCCCCGGCCAAAGGCUCUGGUCCAGAAUCUGGGCCUGCCGGCGAAGACCCUGGCUCCAACAUUGUGGGCUUUCCCAACGGCUUCAGCGUUCCGGACGAUUCAGACGACGAGGACGACUUUGUUGAUCCUCUAAUCACGUCUCUCACGUGGGAGCGUGACGAGGAGACCCUGAACACACGCAUCGACACCUUGACCGCGAUGAACGAAGACUUGACUGCCGAUAACGAAGCCCUCGCCAAGCAAGUUUAUGAGUGGAAAGAAGCGUACUACAGCUUGGAAAUCAACUCCAAGGCUGAAUACAAUAUCGUCAAGGGCCAGAACGUCGAACUCAACCGCCGCAUCAACAUCUAUGAGGCGGGGCGCCCCCUACAGUUCCAGACGAAUCGGCUCAACAAAGCCAACGCGGUCAUCAUGGAGAAGGAGCAGGAGAUCGAUCGCUUGACCAACCAAGUGAAGCGUCUCGAAGAUGCAGCCCAGUUCCGCCACAAAUGCUACGAGGAGAACUCGAAGCUCAAGGCAGAGCUAGACGAGAAGAAUAUUCUUCGUGCCAGUGCCCAUCAAGCAACCGAAGAGAAGGCCAGCGCUCUCAACACGGUCGUCACGCUCCUCCAUAGCAUGGUCGAGAAGGGCGGACUAUCUCUGGACCCUGCCGUCUUCAUCAUGUACGAACUUCUCCGUUCCGGCAUCAACCCCCAGCACCUCCAGGUCGAUCUCGAUAAGUACAUCUGGUACCUUAGGUACGUCCGCCUGGGUUAUUCGCAACGCGGAACGAUCCAUGGCGGCUUCCGGGCUACGAUUGCCAUGUUCUUUGGUGGCGAGUACCGCGGCAACGUGUUCACGAAGGAGAUGAAUGGAGCUGAAGUGGUUUUACCGCUUACGCCUACGAGUCGCCUUGACUUGGAGCAAGUCGGCUAUGAGCCCGAGUUCCCGCCUGCCACGCCGAUCAAUGGCGCAACUCUUCCCGGACCGUCGGUGCCUCCGUUUCCUUCGAACCCGCGUCAGCCGCCGUCGAACACAGGACUCCAGCCUCCGUCGAACCCGCGUCAGCCUCCGUCGAAUCCUUCUCAGCCUCCUCCGAACGCAGUUGGACCAGUCCUUCAAGGCCCUCCCCAGAACACACAGCCGUUCCCCGACCCUGCAACUGAUGGACUCGCCCGUGAGCUUGGUGGGAUGACUAUCAAGUCUACCGAUAAAGUUCAACCUCCCCUGCAGGAUGCCACCAACAACUUCUUCGGCAAGCGCAAUGGUGGGAGCCAAACAACUGAAGGCAUCUCGAUCAAGGGAGCUGCUGCCGCCGCCGCCAAGCCAAACCCUUUCCAGCGAGCAGCCGAAGCAAUGAAAGCCAAGGCUGCCGCGGGUCCUUCUGGAGUUGGGUCUCCUGGAUUUGGCUCUUCUGGAUUUGGCUCUUCUGGAUCUGUCUCUUCUGGAUUUGGGUCUCCUGGAUGGGGCUCUUCUGCCACUGGCUCUUCUGGAUUUGGCUCUUCCACCCCUGGCUCUUCUGUUCUGGGUUCUUCUGGCUCAAACAGCCAGCCUGCCACUGCCCCCAGCGCGAACCUACCCGACGACCCCCUGAAAGCCGCGCUUGACCUGGUGGCAGCCAAAAAGGCGGACCCCAACGAUGUUGCAAAGAUGCUUAAGAUCCCACUCAGCAUGGCCGACAGGUAUAUAAUUGGUAGGGUCCGCACUCGUCUCGAAGAUGUCUCCACUGCAUACCAGAAGCUCAUUCAUCUGGUACCAUCACCGCAAACGAAGGCAAACCCAGGAGCUCCCACAACCUCCGGCGUCAAGUUGGGCCCAACGUGGUCGGUGCCAACCACCCUUCCGACCGCCGCUCCUUCCUCGGUUCCAUUCCCCGGUUUGAAGCCCCAGCCAAAGAGCGGUGGCGAUGCUCAAAUGGACAUGUUCCCCGAUUCGUCGCUGAACGGCGGGGCCAAGGACUUCAAGCCGGGUCAGUCUUUUGUCAUGGGUGGCGCCCUUCCAACCGCCGCCCAGUCUUCCUCCGCGCCCGCCCAGUCCAAGAAGCAGACCUACCGAAGCCGGAACGACUAUCGAAGCCGUGAUGACGACGAUGAUGAUCUGUACGGACUCUAG